CGACCAAGUAGGCUCCCUGUUUUCUUUUUUUUUUUUUUUUCCAUUUUUUCCAUCUCUCUCCGUUUCUCUGUUACAAUCUCUCUUCGAUCGCCGAGAAGAUGGUGAAGGGUCCCGGACUCUAUUCCGACAUCGGCAAAAAGGCCAGAGAUCUUCUUUACAAGGAUUACCAGAACGACCACAAAUUCACACUGACUACUUUCACUUCCGCUGGAGUUGCUAUUACUUCAACGGGACUAAAGAAAGGGGAGUUGUUUUUGGCUGAUGUCAAUACUCAACUGAAGAACAAGAACAUCACAACUGAUGUCAAAGUGGACACUAAUUCCAAUGUUUUUACAACCAUUACUGUUAAUGAACCUGCACCUGGACUCAAAACUAUCGUUAGCUUUGUUGUUCCUGAUCAAAAGUCAGGCAAGGCGGAACUGCAGUACUUGCAUGACCAUGCAGGCAUCAGCACGAGCAUUGGGUUAACUGCAAGCCCAAUAGUUAACUUCUCAGGUGUGGUUGGAACAAGUGCUGCCUCCAUCGGGACUGACCUUUCCUUUGACACCUCAACUGGAAAAUUCGUUAAAUACAAUGCUGGGUUAAGCUUUUCCAAUGCUGAUCUCAUUGCUUCUUUGACCUUGAAUGAUAAAGGUGAUAAACUGACUGCUUCCUACUAUCACACGGUUAGCCCUCUUACCAAUACAGCUGUUGGUGCGGAGAUGACUCGUAUCUUCUCGAGCAAAGAGAACACUCUCACAAUUGGAACACAGCAUGCAUUGGACCCCUUGACCAUGGUGAAGGCUCGGCUGAAUAGCUAUGGAAAGGCUAGCGCACUCAUCCAGCAUGAGUGGCGGCCCAAGUCAUUGUUCACCAUAUCCGGAGAAGUGGACACCCGGGCCAUUGAAAAGAGUGCAAAAGUUGGACUGGCCUUAGCUCUGAAGCCUUAGAGGGAUCAAUCCUUUUGUAGAGGGAAUGGAGGGGUUAAGAAGAAAGGCUCCCAUCGCACCAACCAUGACCAUGGUGGAAAGCAAUAAAAGGUAGGCAGGAAGACCAGAGCAACGUGGGUCGAUUUUCGCCGCCAGCCCAAGUUUGUUUUUCUUCGAGGCUUUGUUUUUGCUUAUUCGGUGGCCACGGGUUGUAUAAAUAAUUCUAGCUAGGUGGCAUUAAUUCUGUAUUCUUCCAUCUCCCCAUGGGCCAUGGCUAUGGAGUAUAUAUAGCCAGAUGUUUUACUUUGAAUUUUGCGUCAUGUUUAUUUAUAUGCUAUUUUCACCCGAUUUUGAAAGAAUCACAACUGUGUAAGGAACUUGGCACAUAGCGUUUAGCAAGAUUUGUUGUACUUGCAGUA